CUGAGAGAGUGUGCUCAGACUGCACUGUCAAACAUGAACGUGGGGGAAAGGUAGCUGUAUUUACACUCACGGAGAUUAUUCGACUACUUUUUGGGGGAAUAAGUAUUGUAAACAAAGCUUUAAAAAUAACCAUGAAGUUCCAGUUGGACACAUUAAUAGAAACACUUGGAAAGCCAGGAAAAUACCAGCUGGGGAUAUUUUUCCUUUUGGCAUGCAACUAUUUCCCAAUAGUAUUCAACAUCGUCAUCAUGGCUUUUUUUGGUUUUACCCCCAAACACAUGUGUGUUUCCAACAAAUACAGCAGCAGCAAUACCAGAAUCAACGACAGUACUGCACUGAACAGUUCCCUGAGGCCAGUACUUGGAGAGUGUAUUAGUACUUACUAUGUGGCCGGUGUGGUGAAUAAGACAAUCAGUUGCUCUGAUGACCCAGACAGCUACUGGGAGUUUGAAACUGGCGAGACGGAAGCCACCAUUGUGUCAGAGUGGAGUUUAGUCUGUGAAUCUAGGUAUCUUUCCAAACUGGCUACCACACUAUAUUUUUGUGGUGUGAUGGUUGGUGGCUUGCUUUUCGGUUACAUGGCUGACAAAUAUGGCCGGAAGCCUGCCAUGCUGGUGACCCUCUAUUGCCCUAUACUGAUUGGACUGGGAAUCGCGUUCUCCAACAAUUAUUACCUGUUCAUAGUUCUGAGAUUUUUUAUGGGCAUGUUUUUGCAGGGCCUACAAACCAGCAGCUAUGUGCUUGUGAUGGAGAUGUUUCUGCCUUGUUACCGCGGGGUGGCUGGUGCCAUGUUGGAGGUUUUCUGGGGUAUCGCAGUUAUGCUGGUGGCCCCCAUUGCUUACUUAAUCCAGAACUGGAGAUAUAUCCAGCUAGCUAUUUCCCUACCAAGCAUACUAGCCAUUGGAUACAUAUGGCUGAUCCCUGAAUCUUUGCGAUGGAUGGUGAUUCAGAAGAAAAUAGGGCCUGUCAAAGAAUUGGUGCAGAAAAUAACCAAAUUUAAUGGUAUCCCCUACCCAUCAGAACCAAUGGAUGCCAUCAUCUCCCAUGACAAAAUCACUUCAGAAAAAGCCAAGCAGUUUUCCUUCUUUGAUCUGCUGCAGACCAGGGAGAUGAGAAAGAGAAGUUUGGUGCUCUUCUACCUGUGGUUUGCUGUCGCCGUGACUUACUAUGCCUUACUCCUGAACAUGACCAGUCUGGAUGGAAACCGCUACCUGAAUUUCUUUAUAAGUGCGGUGGUAGACAUGGUGGCCUUCAUUGCAGUGGUCUUUAUUGCCAGGAAGUGCCCAAGAAGAAUUCCAAUGCUGAUCUUCUUUGUUAUUGGUGGAUUGGCCUGUAUCACUGCUGGAGUCAUUCCAUUUAUCUGGAAGGCGGCAAACGUUGAUGAGAGAGUCCGUAGACAGAUGACCAUCACAGGAUUUGCUAUAGUUGGCAAAUUUGGAGCCAGUGGAGUUUUUAGUUUAAUCUUCCUGUAUACAUCUGAAUUGUAUCCAACUGUCAUUAGAAACAUUGGAAUGGGGAGCUGUGCAUUCUGGGCCAGACUUGGGGGAGUGGUAGCACCACAGAUCCUAGCCCUGGGUGAUCUCAGCCACAAGUCUAUCUCUGUAAUCAUAAUUGGAGUUAUCACCCUUGUUGCCAGUAUUCUUUUGUUGCUGCUGCCAGAAACCAUGGCAACCAAGCUGCCUGACACCAUAUUGGAAGUAGAGGAUGCAAACAGAACAGACAACAGUGAUAUUAGUCUCCAUGGUGAUGGGGAUCGUGAUGAUCUGAUGACACACAAAGAACAACACGUUUAAAAAAAAUCUCACCCAGUUUAAUCACUCAUUAAACCUCCUAAUACCAAGAUCUUAACAUUUUUGCAGCUUUAAGUUAUUUUUGUCACCAAUGUGUGAAUUUCUUUAUAUCGUUAUAUUUUAUUGAAUUAUGAUACUAGUUACAGGGUUGUCCCUAGGACCCUGGGGCUGGGAAAUUUCCCUGCCUAUAAUGACUCCCUGGUUAUUCUGGUAUUCCCCCCAACUCCUUUUUACACAACCCCAGAUCCCCUUAAAAUUUUUAAUGUACCUUGCUAUUUCAAUUCUUAAGGACAACCCUUUAGUUAACAAUGAAAUUCUUUUUAUUGAGAGACUCAGUAAUUUUGUAUAAACUUUUUUUCAUAUUUAUUGUAAGAUGUUGUUUUUGAGUGACAAUCAAGACAAAAUAUUGUUAUGUUGAAUAUUUAGUGUCAAGAUAGGAUAUAAAAUAGUUUUACAUACAUGUAAAGUUUAAUUUGUGUACAUUAGUUUUAGUGUAGCGCUGUUUUUAGCAAGACAUGUUUGUCUUGUUUUAUUGCCCUGUUUGUAAAUCUUGGCUUUAAUUGGAAAUGAGUGCAUGCCUGGUUUUUCUAGUUCUUGUUAAGCUAGAAGAGGCAGACUUGCAGUAAAUAUGUCAACAAAAAUUUUCAGAAUGUUUGUUAAUGACCAUUGAUUUACAUUAAGGGUAAUAUAAAAAAUUACAAAAAUUCGAAAAUACAAUAUAAGUCAUUGAUAGCCCAUUGUGUGAUAAAUGUGUAAGAUUUCAAGAUCAUGUUGUAUCUUUGAGAAUCGGUCACAUGACCUAGAAUCUCCAUUACAACGUAAGUAAGACCAUGUAAACAAAUAUCCCUUUAGCAGUUGUAUAAAAGUGUUCUAGUAUUACAAUCAUACUAUGCAAAAUGUAAUAUGUAGUUUGUUACAUUUUUUUGCAACAAUUCAACACCAAAUUAAAAACACAUGUACCAUCUUGAAUGUAGAACCAUAUUGAAUCUCAUUAUUCCCAAGCAUAAUUUUUACAAUGAUCAAAUUUUCAUGCAUUUACUCUAGCUUUCUCCAUUUGUGCAUAAAAUGGUUUUCACGUUUUAAGGUUCUACAAUGUUGACAAAGAAUUCAAACAAUCAUUCAUGGGCUAUAUACAUAAAACUAUAAAAACAGUGUUACAGGAAAUUAGAUUUUAUUUAGACAUUCAUUAUUGUUUAGAAUCUUUUUUUUUUGUGCUGUGAGAUUAAAAUUGAUAAAUAUA